AUGGUCUUAGUCUAUGAAUAUCGCACUUUGGUAAGGCAUGUUCUACUCUCUUUUAGUGCACCUGCUGAUGAGCUUAGACACCCGUCCAUCAAAGCAUGGGAUUACCUCCGGACGACUUUGUGCGUCUUGUUCACUUCGACCCAUUUGAUGGUUCUAAGCCCUGAUGGACAGGUCCUAAGCUGGUAUGUGUCUGGAAGCCUGUUCGGUCCGGCCGUAGUUUGCGAUAGAGUUCUUGUUCAAUCAAGUCCAUACUACUUGCUGCCCAUCUACGCUGGUGUCGGUAAAGUCGGCCGGAUCAGUCUAUUACGAAGAGCCUGGAUCUCGGCUAUUUCUCUUUGCAGAAAAGCCAAAUAA